UAGUAGGCCAAGAUAUGUAUCUUUGUUUUAUUGCCACAUGGCAACCUUUUUGAUGAAUUCAUCAGUUUUAAUUGUGCUUCAGUCCCGAGCGGAUCUAACUUCGUAAAAAACGGAAUAAAUUGUUCCAAAAGAAUUGUGUUUUGUUUAAUUUGCUUGUGCUUAAAUUGUUUAUUGAAAAAUGCAGUACCUGUCCGAUGCAAACUAUCGUCAAAAUGUGAAUCUUCGCUGUUUGCAGAUGCCUGGGCAGAGUCCGCCCUAUUAUCCGGACAGAUUGACUGACCGCUCUGUCCCGAACGUGGAUGAGAUUCUUAGGCGUGGCGAACCCAUGCCCGACCGCUACGGGGAUGUUCGACGGGCCACCAAUUGUCCGCCGCCACCGAUGCCACCAGCGGCGCCGCAGAGUGUUGGUUGGCUCUGGAGUCCACGUCGCAACGCAUUGCCUUUGGAUCCUCACUUCAAUGCUCGGCGCAAUGAGCUGCCUGCUGAUCCCCAGCACGAGGAUUUCUCAAAGCAUGAUGGAAACUAUACGUACGCAUUCAAUUCAAUGCGGCCAGGAGGCCGUGCCGAUUACGGCUUUCCUAUUGACACACGUCGCAGUGUUUCCCCCAUUGCCACACGCCGCAAUGGAUCCCCAAUUCAUACACGUCGCAAUGAACCGCCUACUGAUCUGGCAAACUAUAUGAACAUAUUCAGUGAAAACCUUCCAGAAGGUCGUGCCAACGAAUCUCCUACUGAUCCACGACUAAAUGUAUCCUAUAUUGGUCAGCGUCGCACAGGAUCUCCUAUCGGUCGCGGUCGCAGUGUAUCCCCUAUUGAUACACAACGUGACUAUGCCAACAGCUUUAGUCAAAACCUUCCAGGCGGGCCAGCAAUGUUCAAUGCCAUGAGUGCCCUACCCGUGGUCCGCAACAUGGACUCCAUCAAUCCAUCUGAUCCACACUUUCAUACCCAAACUUCGCAUCAAGAACGUCACCCUACACACUUCAAUGCAGAACGCUGGUCCAACUACGAUGAUGGCAGCUCUGAAAAUUACAAUGGCAAUCGCAGCUUUCAGGAUUUCGAGGCCAAUCGCAGCUCUCUAAAUGUUGAUGGCUACGGUGGCUUCCAGAAUUUUAAUAUCAGUCGCAUCAUCCCUAAUAUGGAUGCAAAUAGCCGCUUCCAGAAUUUCAAUGUCAGCUUCCAAAGUAGCGAUGGCAAUCGCAGCUCCUUAUACUUUAAUGACUACCAUAGUGGCAACGAUUCCGGAUUUGUAAACGAUCGUCCCAGCUAUGGGUCGGAACGUCGUAACUUUGCCAACUUUGGCAACUUUGGCGGCUCAUACGAUACGAAGAAUUAUAGUCUGAUUGAUCAGGGCUUCAAUCGUCAGGGAAUCAAUUCGCUGCUCCAUUUGAAUACAUCUUACCCUCCGGCAAAGGAACGCAAACGCAAGGCAGAGAAACUUGAUGAUUCCUUGACAGAGAAGCGCGCAUGUCCGGAACGUAUAGAGAAAGUCUUUCGCAUUGGUGGCUUCAGACUGGAGUACGCCACUCAUAAUACGUUACUCGAGCUGCCCCAGCCGGAAAAGAGAUCUCACGCGGUGCGUUUCUUCAAGAAGUAUCCCGCCUAUCGUAUUGGUAUCAAGAAAUCCAAUCCGCCAGCUGCAAUCGAAGUCGAAUGCAGCUUAAUUGAAAGUGAUGAUAUGGAAGACGCGAUCAUUCGUCACACCAUAGCCGAGGAGUGGAAGAAGGUGUAUCGCGAGAAGAACUAUCGCUCGUGGGGCAGUUGGUGGAACGACUACAAGGAUUGCGGAGAUGACAUAUGCAAGGAGCUGCACCAAUUCGAUAACUACAAUGUGCAGAAGAGCUUUCGGCCGCUCGAGGGCCCCAUCGAUUCAGAGGAAUAUAUCCGCUUGGCUAUCGCUGCGCUGAAGGAGAACAACAUCACGUAUCUGAAGAAUAUGCAAGAUAUUUACCGUCUGGUGGACUUUACUGUCCUGGAGAAUCUGACCGCUGACGCGUCGGGGCAUCUGCAGGACAUCAUACGCUCCAUACCAAAUCAUUUGUGGCGCUACAAGAUGCGCUCCAUGAUUUUCACGUGGACCUGGUACCAGAAGCUGGCCAACUGCGAGAACCCCGUCGAUGAGACGCGCCAGAGCAUAAUGCCUUUGUGGAACAAUCCGAUCUUGCACUGGCUGGCCAAGCAGGCCUUCGAUGAGUUGAUUCUCCUCAGCAAGGUCGAGAGCAGCAAUUUGAAGGAGGCUCACCCCCAGGGUCCACCCAAGCAAAGCAGCGAUCCCGACCAAGAGAAAGAGUCUUGAAUUUCCUAUUGUACUUUUGUAUAAUCCAAAUUGAUCGAAUAAUAUAAUUUAGCCAAUCAAUGAAGCUUUAUCCCUUUAGCACUGGUACGAGCCCAGCCAUAUUUUUAGCUCAAUUUAUUCCAGCUGCUUCAGCUAGCUGCAUAAAGUUGUUUAAUUUGUUAUCCCCAAA